CCUGCUCAGUGGAACCUCAACAUCUGUUCUUGGUAAUAAUGUCAGUAACCUGAAUAAUUUGGACAAUCUGAAUUCUACCUCUGAAGAAGUCCUAAAGAACCUGAAUUCAGAUUUUCAGUUGCUUCAAGAUCAGCCAUUAGACAUUAGAAAUGCACUAGGAGCAGUGAAUAUACCCCUGGAAAUUUACCUUUCCUAUCCACAUUGGAGUAAUAUAAAGUUGUCUUCCAUGCUCAAAGCCAUUGAGCUGAGGCUGCUCCUCAUUUCGAAAGCCUCUAUGUCUAUGCCUUCCAUUAGCUCCACGUUCAACAUCUCUGCUUUCCUGGACUUCAUAUACUCACUCAAUACUCUAACUGGUGCCCAGACUGGCAUUCAUUUUCUGGCUAUAAGAAAAUGCUUGAUUAAUAUAGACAAAAUCUUCACAUCCUUGUUGACCAG